AUGGCGGUGGCAACGACGACGACCACGCCGGCGACGCCCGGCGCCCUGGCGCAACAGAUUCUCUCACACACGGCGCCGGCCUACAGCUUCACCUUCAGCCCCUUCCUGCGCAAGACGUACGGCCAUGGCCUGGCGCCCAACCGGCCCGUCUGCAAGGCCUUCGCCGCCUCGGGGUCGUGCCCCCAGGGCGUCAACUGCCCGGACCGCCACAUCAGCGGGCCCGCCGCCGCCGCCGCCAACUCCAACAACGCCUCGUACAACAGCCUCGUGUGCAAGCACUGGCUGCGCGCCCUGUGCAAGAAGGGCGAGUCGUGCGAGUUCCUGCACGAGUACAACCUGCGCAAGAUGCCCGAGUGCAACUUCUUCGUGCGCAACGGCUACUGCUCCAACGGCGACGAGUGCCUGUACCUGCACAUCGACCCCCAGAGCCGCCUGCCACCCUGCCCCCACUACGACCGCGGCUUCUGCCCCCUGGGCCCCGAGUGCUCCAAGAAGCACGUGCGCCGCACCCUGUGCCCCUACUACCUGGCCGGCUUCUGCCCGGACGGCAAGCAGUGCAAGGAGGGCGCCCACGCCAAGUGGGAGAAGAACCUUGACCGCCCCAUCCCCAAGGCCGAGAAGCAGGCCGAGGAGGAGGCCGCACGGCGCGAGAGGGAGGAGAUGGGGCUCGCGGACGAUGAUGGCGGCGGCAGCGGUGGCGGGUUCAGGAGGGAUGACAGAGACGAGGGACGAGGAUUCAGAGGCGGCCGAGGCGGUCGUGGGGGUUGGAAACCCCGGGGAAGGGGCUUCGGCGGCAGGGGGAGAGGGGGCCAUCGUUAG